UUCCAACCUAGGAGAAGCCAUACUACUUCGGAUGACCAUCCUAGAAUGCUAGCUAACGGGAAGGAUGGGGGAGCCAGGAUACUCGCUCAGCCAGUUUGAAGAGAUCUCUUAAGAGUCGCCUCAGGUACUAUGGAAGAUGCGGAUGUUCUUAAAAAGAGAGGCUACAUUAUGGGAAUCAAUCUGGGGGAAGGUUCCUAUGCGAAGGUGAAAUCUGCCUACUCCGAUCGGCUGAAAUGCAACGUUGCAGUCAAGAUCAUCGACAAGAAGAAAGCGCCUCGGGACUUCCUGGACAGGUUUCUGCCCCGAGAGAUCGAGAUGCUGGCCAGAGUGAAACACCACUCCAUCAUCAAGACGUACGAGAUCUUUGAGACCUCCGACGGCAAAGUCUACAUCGUGACUGAACUCGGCGUCCAAGGGGACCUGCUGGAGUUCAUCAAGAGGAGAGGAGCCAUUCCAGAAGACAUCGCUCGGAAGAUGUUCCACCAGCUGGCGAGCGCCAUCAAGUACUGCCAUGAGUUGGACAUUGUCCACCGAGACUUGAAAUGCGAGAAUCUUCUUCUGGACAAGGAAUUCAACAUCAAGUUGACAGACUUUGGCUUCUCCAAACGGCUGGCACGUGAUGAGGAUGGUAGGGUCAUCCUCAGCAGAACGUUCUGUGGUUCUGCUGCCUACGCCGCUCCCGAAGUUCUCCAGGGCAUCCCUUAUCAACCUAAAGUUUAUGACAUAUGGAGCUUGGGUGUGGUCUUGUUUAUCAUGGUGUGUGGCUCCAUGCCCUAUGACGACUCAAACAUUAAAAAGAUGCUGAAGUUGCAAAAGGAACAUCGUGUGCACUUCCCCCGUUCAAAAGUGCUGUCGUACGAAUGCAAGGACCUCAUUUAUCGCAUGCUCCAGCCUGACGUGACCCGGCGGUUAUGCAUCGAUGAAGUUUUGACGCACACUUGGAUGCAAGAAAACAAAUCCAUUUCGGACACCACCUUGUCGAAACCAGGGGAGUGCUCCCACCACCAGCGCACCAUCAGAGCCGUGUACGGAAAGGAAUCGGGCCCAGAAAACUCGGAGAACGAAGAAAUCAUUCAAGAGGAACGGCAUGUGGAUAUGGACAAGCUCUCGGGUCAGAUGCAAAGGACUUCUCUUUGAAAUGGUUGCCCUCCGAAUCCCAAAAUGGCCGACGGCUAUUUUCUUGCAGCACCCCUUUGAGGAACGUGUUUAAAUGGUUACAUGCUGGAAAACUUUUGUGGAAAGACCGAAGCAGGAGGAUAAGGGGAAGAAAGCUAUUUUCAUCAUCCGAUUCUCAGAGGUUUCCACCUCUGUAGCCACGACAGCUGAUAACAUCCCGCUCCCCCAUCCUUUAACUUUGUAAGAAGCACAAAAUGGAAAGAAGAGAGCAUUGAUUUCCCCCUCCUCUUCUUCCUUGUUAAUCUUCUCCAAAUGAAAACUAAUUGUCCAUUGAUUUCUCCAUGAUCUGGGACUUGGUCCAUCCACCUUUCAGCUUGAUGCCUAGGCAAGAUCUAUUAUGAAGCAUCUGAAUAGCCGGGGCCAGCUGAUCUUGCACCAUUUUUGUGAUAGACUCUCAUGCUGCAAACGGACACCUUAAUCCUUUAAAAUCUCUGCAACUCUGACAUGGAAGCUUCUUGUCACCGAAAGGUAUAUACCUAUAUAUGAGCUGAUGCUUCCAAGCAAGAUAGCAACACCUGUGAAAUUAAAGUUUAAGAAGAUCUAAAUCCAC